AUGUCGAUCGACAUCGACCACACCCGCCGCAACAAGAAGCCGCGUCUUUUGACGGACAGCGAGCGCGACAAGCUGGACGAGUUCAUUGAUAACAUMCACUACUCCUCGAGAUACAAUGACGAUCAAUUCGAAUACCGUCAUGUGCAACUCCCCAAGCAGAUGCUCAAGGCCAUUCCCAAGGACUACUUUGAUGGCAGCAGAGGCACGCUGAAGCUGCUUUGGGAGGAUGAAUGGAGAGGCUUGGGUAUCACGCAGAGUCUGGGAUGGGAGCACUAUGAGGUGCACGAGCCGGAGCCGCAUAUUCUGCUGUUCAAGAGACCGAUGAACGGCCAGUGA